AUGGCGUUUGAUCACGCGGCCGUCGCUCACGUGACUACCAUUAUCGAAUUGAUCACGAUGCUCAUCGCGCUCUGCUUCGCCAAGUUGCCCACAUGGUGGAUCAACAGUACGCUCCGCCUCCUGCUCUCGGACGAGCCCGUUUUGCAAGAGCUACUGGACAGUGCUGGUCUUGUCUUCGCGCCCAGUCUUUUAGAGGCGGUCCAAUUUACCGCGCCACCAACCCUAGACUGGUUCAAAUCACUGCCCACUAGAGCUCAUAAGCGAUGGGGUGUCUACGUGAUCGUUCUCGAGAAACAAGGCUCGCGGCCACGCAUCUACGUCGGCAGCGGUACUGGCGCGGAUAAAGGCGUUUCAAAUCGUAUUGCCAAUUAUGACAACCGCACCACUUUUCCACACUACGUCGAAAAGGCAUUCAACGAGGGAUUCAAUGUCACGAACAAAGGUCUGUUAUUGUGGGCGCCUAUUCCACGCCCUGGAUCGGUUCCAAAGCUUCGUCUGCUCUUCCUUAAGAUGGAAUGCGCGUUCGCUUUCGUUUUCUGGUCCAUGAGACGCACACCGAAGAUGCUCGAGCAAGCACCAGAGCUUUGUCCGUGGCCUUUGGACGCUCUCCAAUAUGAUGGCGUCUGUUCACACGCCGCAAUGAGUGAGAAGGGCAUAGGCGAUAUUGGACUCAGCGAAGCACAACUUGAGGCUAUCGCAGUGGAGGCGAAGGAGCGCAAGGCUGCAGCGUAUAAGGCCUAUCGGCAGACAGCAGAGCGGAAGGCAAAGGUCGCAUCGGAAAUAACAGAAGCCAAAGCAAUCGCCGCGAAGCUCACUGCACAAGAACCAGUCAAGGCACCGAAGGGCACUCCGCACUACCGCGCCCGGAAGCGCAAGACGCAGGCUGAAAAUGCCAAGCGUAACCCAGACCAGGCCAAAGCCUCCAUGAAUGCCGCGAAUAACACAUACAAGGCCAAGGCGCUUCGCGAGAAGAAGUACCACGAUCCCAUCUGCGACAAGGCUUUCCCUACCAAGCAGAAGCUCGCUCGCCAUAUGAUCAGCGACAUCCACACGGAAGAGUAG